AUGGUUUCCCUUCGCCUCAUGUUUCUCGCCCUGGCCCUUGGUGCCUCGGCCAAGCCUGUCGACUCGGACGCCCUUGAAGCUCGCCAGGACGGAGCGGACAAGAUCGAUGGCUGUGCCACGGUUCGUUGCGCCAAAGGCACAACCUGCAAAGUUCUCCUCGGCAGUCCUCUAUGCGUUCCCCUCGACGCUCGCGAGACCAAAUGCGGCACCGCUGUUUGUGCCGCAGGGAUGGUCUGCUGCAACGCAUCUUGCAACCUCUGCACCAGACCCGACAUGAUGUGCACGCAGCAAGUGUGCCAGUCGCCCGACACCAAGCCUCCUCCUGUCGUGGAGGAACCGCCGGUCAAAGAUCGAAUCUGCGGAACCAAGAUCUGUCCCGUCGGACAGGAGUGCUGCAACUCGAGCUGUGGUUACUGCCGCGCACCCGGGCAGGGAUGUACCAAAGAGUUCUGUGCUCCCACACGAGUACAGUGUGGCAAGGUCGUGUGCACAAACGGCAAUGUGUGCUGUAACUCUUCGUGUGGCAUCUGUACACCACCUGGAGGCUUCUGUACUCAGCAGUUCUGCGCCAGUUAA